AUACAAACACACAUAUAUAUAUAUCCCCUUCUGUAAAACCUCCCCAAAAUUCUCCUGAAUUUCUCACUUUUUUUAAUUUUGUUUUUCCGUUUUGUAAAUUUGAGCUCGAGAGAACCAAAAAAGAAGGAACAAAAAAUGGAGGCGGGGUACAAUCCGAGAACUGUUGAAGAAGUUUUCAAGGAUUUCAAGGGUAGAAGAACUGGACUUAUCAAAGCCCUCACGACAGAUGUUGAAGAAUUUUACCAGCAGUGUGAUCCAGAAAAAGAGAAUUUGUGCUUGUAUGGGUUUCCUAGUGAGCAAUGGGAGGUCAAUUUCCCAGCUGAAGAGGUACCACCUGAACUCCCUGAGCCUGCAUUGGGCAUCAACUUUGCUAGAGACGGAAUGCAAGAGAAAGACUGGCUAUCUCUAGUUGCUGUCCACAGUGACACCUGGCUUCUUUCUGUCGCCUUCUAUUUCGGUGCUAGAUUUAGAUUCGAUAAAUCUGACAGGAAAAGGUUGUUCAACAUGAUUAAUGAGCUCCCUACUGUAUUUGAAGUUGUGACAGGGGCAGCCAAGAAACAGCAGAAGGAGAAAUCUUCUGUCUCUAAUCAUAGUAGCAGCAAGCCCAAGUCAAACUCUAAAUCGCGAACACCCGAAACUCAAGGAAAGAUUUCGAAGCCACAGCUGAAAGACGACGAAGAGGAGUUAGAUGAGGAGGAAGCAGAAAAGAAAGAAGAGGAAGAGGAAGAGGAAGAGGAAGAUGAUGAAGAAGAAGAUGAGCAUGGCGAUACAUUAUGUGGUGCAUGUGGAGAUAACUAUGCAUCGGACGAAUUCUGGAUAUGCUGUGACUUGUGCGAAAAGUGGUUUCACGGUAAGUGUGUGAAGAUUACUCCUGCUAAAGCUGAGCAUAUCAAGCAGUACAAGUGUCCUUCGUGCAGCAACAACAAGAGACCUCGCCCAUAGGUGAAAGAAAUCUUUCGAGUUUUAUUUAAACUCCAAAAAAAUCUAGACUUGCUCUAUUAUUAUCUUGCUUAAUUAGAACCCUUUUGUUCGAAAUCGUAAACAUGUGAAUGGAGGGGGGGAUUCUCGUUAUUGUUUGCGGUACAGUGUUGUUUGUUGUUGUUGUUGUUAGUUUCAGAAGUAGACCCCCCCUUGUUUUAGUCGGAUUAUCGUGUUUUAUUUACUCUUUUAAUAGGAUUUUGAAUUUUUCGUCGUCUGA